CUAAUUUGUAUGAGCCAUACUCAUUUACCGAGAAAACGAGCAGCAUGUCCCGCAACAUGGCCACGGAACGGGCAGCAUGCACAAAUUUGUUCGCCGCGGACGUGUAAACAACACAGCCUUGUCAAAUUAUUUUCUGAAUUCAGAAAUUUCCGUUGAUAUAUCCCACUAAAAAAUAUUCAUAUCAACAGUGGGGAAACUCGGGGCCGCGACAAAAACAGCAAACAGAAUUAAUGUCGUAUUUUUUCUAAGUCGCGACCUUUCCGAGUGUGCUGCAAUAUCAUCACCAUCGGCUCCCCGGGAGCCCCUAGUUUCACCAACAGCCUGGAGUCGUCGCCAAACGCCAAAUCAAGAACAGUUGGAAUAAAAAGGCGACCGACGAGAGAAAGAUACUGUAAUGUUUUUUGUUAUUUUUUUUCACCGUUUUGAAUGACUUUUUGUGCCAAAGAACUAAAAUUAAAUUCAAAAGUCCUGGAUUAUUUUGAAUUUCUGCAAAAUAAAUAAAAAUAAUAAAUAUAAGAAGAGCAGCAGCAGCAGGAACGCUAACCUAACGGUAAUAAACAGCAAAGUGAAAUCUCAAGCAAAAAAAAAAAAACGUUCGUGGGCAACGGCGCCUCUUGCUCCCACUCAGACUGAAGAAGCAGAAGCAUCACAGCGUCAGAGGAGCUUAGCUCAUUUACGUGAUGCAAAAAGUUGCUUCCUCAUAAAUACAAACAAACGACAACCAAAACGCCUUUGAACAAUUUUUGGUUUGCCUUGUCAGCAUAAUUGCUGCAGUUUUAAGUCACUGGCAACAGCAGCAGCGGAGCAGCCGAUAAACCAAAACAUAAUCAAAAGUCUUCAGCAGAGAGAGAGAGAGAGAGAGAGAGAGAGCGACUCUCGCACGCUCAACACACACUCAUAAACACAUAUAGCGAGAGCAAUAAAAACGCACAAUGACCUUGCCAACCAAUACAAACGUCGCAGCGAAUGGCGGCAGUGGCAGCGACGAUGACUCGGACAUGUUCGGCCCGCCCCGCUGCUCCCCGCCGAUGGGCCAUCACCAUCAUCGAUCGCGCGUGCCGAUGAUUUCGCCGAAGCUACGGCAGCGCGAGGAGCGCAAGCGGAUCCUGCAGCUCUGCGCCCACAAAAUGGAGCGCAUCAAGGACUCGGAGACAAAUCUGCGGCGCAGCGUCUGCAUCAACAACACCUACUGUCGCCUCAACGACGAGCUGCGACGCGAGAAGCAGCUGCGUCACCUGCAGAAUCUGCCCAGAACUGACGGCCGAAGUCCGGAACUGGCUCGUGAGAAUCUCUUCCAGCCAAAUAUGGACGAUGCUAAGCCGAACAACAACAACAACAACAACAACAACAUCAACAUCAACAGCAACGCCAAAUCCCAAUACGGAGACUGCUCUUCCACGGGUCGCACCAUGUGCUCCAUUGAAAACCAGCCGAUGCGCCAGCAGCCGACCACUCCCGCAUCAGCCGCUGCGCAAUCCGCCACGGCGGUCGUCCGGAAGCGAAACCUGUCCAGCAGCAAUCUGGUGAACGACCUGGAGAUACUAGACCGCGAGCUGAGCGCAAUCAAUGCGCCCAUGCUGCUCAUCGACCCGGAGAUCACCCAGGGGGCGGAGCAACUGGAGAAGGCCUCCCUCUCUGCAUCCCGCAAGCGAAUGAGGAGCAACAGCAUCAGCGAGGACGAGAGCGACCGGUUGGUGCGUGAAGCCCUAUCCCAGUUCUACAUACCGCCGCAGCGCCUCAUCUCGGCUAUCGAGGAAUGCCCCCUGGACGUGGUCGGACUGGGCAUGGGGAUGGGCGUAGGCAUGGGCAUGGGCAUGGGCAUGGGUAUGGGUAUGGGCAUGGGUAUGGGCAUGGGCAUGGGCAUGGGCAUGGGUAUGGGCAUGGGAAUGGGCAUUGGAUCGAGCGCUGGCGCCUCCAUGGACAGUCCAAACAGCAAGCGCAACAAGCUGUCCAUCGACCACCACCACCAUCACCAUCUCGAGCUGGACGAUUUCGACAUGAACCAGAACCAGAAGGACUUUGAAGUGAUAAUGGAUGCCCUGCGCCUGGGCACACCCACGUCUCCCAGCGUCGCCAAUGACUCGUGCGGCCAGGCAGCCAUGUUGAGCGAGUCAGCGAGUGUGUUUCACAAUCUUGUGGUCACCUCGCUGGAGACAUGAAAGUAUCAGUAAAUCCCUCUGAAAGAUGAGGACCAGUACGCUGAGGAUCGGAGAGCGUAGAGCGUAGAGCGUAGAGCGGAGGAGCAGACAAAGAGUUAGGUUAUGUAAGGCACACCUACUCAUGCGGUACACCCGUGUGGGUGUACAAGUACACAUACUCACACACACACACACACACACACACACACACAAACAUCUCUAGGUUAUAACUAGCAUCUAGUGAGAGCGAGCGAGAUGCCAGUAUUACUCAUUGCGAGCAUAUGGGGCGCCCUAUGAUGGCCACAGAGAGAGAACCAGCCGCGAGCAGCGGUAUCUUGCGGAUUGUACAAAGAAACAUCAAAUAUUUUAGAAGAUAAUUCAAAGAAAGAGCGGAAAAGAAAUAGAAAGUAGGAAGAAGCAGGAAAAUAACUACAUUUAGAGAGAACAUAGAACAAAUGGAGACAACAAAUGAAAAAAGAGUAUAACAAAAAUCAAAGAAUUUGUAGUCAAAAUGCAAAGAAAGAGAAAGAAAUACAAAAAACAAAACACACAUAAAUUAUUUUUUUAAAGAGAGUAACAGAAUUGUAAGCUUCAUUGUAUAUCUCCUUAUAAAUACAUACAUACUUAAAUAUAUCUCCAUUUAGAUAAGACAAUAGUUGGUUUCCGUUUUGGUUACGCAGAGAACUCCAUUCAGCAUGAACUUCCAAUCCAAAACAUUAAGCAAUCGAAUCAAUCAAAGGCCAAGCACAUUCCAGGGUAUGCCCAGUAGAUGUUCCGCUUCCCUUUCUUUGCACCCAUUUUCCACACGCUGAGAUGUCCUUGGAGUCUCUCUCCUAGUUCCUGAACUAAACUGAACUUUGUUCUGAACACUAUUGUUUAUUUUGUUCCGUAUUUUUAAAAAAUAUUUUAUACAACAAUCAAUUUUGUAUAUAUCUCAAGGAUAUACAUAUACAUAUAAAUAAAUACAUAUGUAUGUAUGUGCACAUAUAUGGAUAAAAGACGUUAUCCUAGUCACUGAAUUCAAGCGAAAGAAAACAGCUUUCGUGAAAAAUAGCCCACAAAAAACCACACAAAAUUUUAACAAAAAUGGUUUCAAUUGUGUAAAUUGUUAAAAAAAAAAAAACAAAAUAAGAAAGAAUUAUUUUUUCGAAUUGGUUCAGUUUUACUAUAGUUUUCCCCCCCAAUUUUUCAACAAAAAAUCAUCACGAGAUUGAUUAUGAUUAUAAAGGAAAAUGUUCAUGUUCGAAGACACCUGCAACAAUGUUGAUUCAAAAUGGCAAUUUAAAAAUUAAAAUGAGAUAAAACCAACAAAAAAAAAAAAAUACAAAAAAAAUACAAAAAAGUGCAAUUAGAAUUUUUUAAAUGUGGAAGCAAGCCUCAAACAAACAAACAAACAAACAAAAACAAACAAAAUUAGAAAGAAAACCAACUAAAGUGCAUUCAAAACAAGAUUUAAACGAAAAUCAAGCAAAUUAAUAAAAAUAUGAACGUAAUCUUAAGAUAUAUUAAUUCUUACAGAAAAAUGAAGCAACAAUAUUUAUAAGGUAGAGAAACAAACAUUUUUUCUUCGAACAAAAGUGAGAUGGCUGUGAUAGAAUAAUUAAGUUUUUUUGACUAAUGAAAAAGAAAAACAACCACAAAUUGUUAUUAAAAGAAAAGAAGAUUACAAACCAAGAAAAAAAUAUUAAAAAAAAAGAACAACAAAAUGUAAAUGCAGAAAAUCAUGAAUAUUAUGAUCUAUGUAUAAAAUUAACAUUUAGUAUUAGCGAACAAACAAAAUAUUUAUAAAGAGCAAGAGGAAGAAACGAGAGAGUUGCACUUUCUUUCCGAGCGAAGAGACAGAGAGGAUUACUCUCUUGUGCAACUUUCGCUCGCCUGGCUUUCAUUGAUUUUAUAUACAUACAUACAUAUGUACAUAUUUGUAUACAGAUGUAUAAAUAGUGUUUUUUUUUGCGAAUUUUCUAUUAGUCGCCUCGCCUAAGCUUUCGAUUUCGUUUCUCUCUUCCGCGGUUUUCUCGCGUUUGUUUUCAUUUCACGUCUUUGGCCUAAACAAAAUCGGCUCUGUUCCCUCAGAAAUGUUAAGGGUAUAACGAGAAAGAAGUGCAGAAUGGGGGAGCCCUACGUUCCUAAAGAUCGAUUUGGCAUCGAUAAAAUACAGCAAUAACCCCAUUCGAAUGCGCGAGGAGCAGUUAAAGUUAUAUGAAGCGGUUGGUCUGCCAGGAGUAUCAGGAGUAUCAGGGACAUGAAUAGGAGGGAGCUAUACAGUUUGCCCCCUCCACUAGAGAUCACUGAUCCCAUAGAGCUAUCCAAUCCCCAUACCCAGAGCAUACCCAACACCCUUAGACUCUGUUUCAAAUUUAUCUCGGUUACCUAAUGAAUUAUUUUGUUUAAUUCUUAAGUUUUUUUUAUAAUUUUACAAUUAUGCUUUAGUAUUAAAUACGAUUACGACUAUUAA